CGUCCCCCUCCACAGCCUGCCUCUCGUCGUUGUCGCCGUCGCCGCGGUCUCCCUGCCGCCCGACAGCACCCAGAGCGCUCCGGCUCGAGACGGCAGCGGCCAUGCAGGGCGCCGACGGCACCGAGGACCAGCUGCAGCGGGGGCCACGCCGGCUCGCCCGUGGGCUCGCUGCAGGCUCGGGGGCGCGGGCCUGAGGCUUCGGGCGGGCCUCGAGCGGGUCGCUGCUAUGCAGGGCGCCGAGAGCAUCGAGGAGAAGCUGCAGCGGAGGGCCAUGGAGCUCGCCCGCAAGCUCACGGGAGGCGGCCUCGGUGGCGCGCCGCUGGACGUGGACCUGGGCGGCGGCCCGCUGGGCGACGAGACUGCGGAGGCGAUGGCGGAGGCGGUCUCCCAGGGCUGGUUGGUGGUGUGCUCCAUGGACCUUCGCAGGAGCGACGUGUCGCUGGAGGCGGUGCUGCUGCUCUGCGAGGCCUUCGAGACUGUCUCGCAGCAGGCGGAGAAGCCAGAGUUCUGGUGGCAGCAACGCCACCCCCCGCCCUGUUGGUUGGAGCUCGGCGAGAACCCGGGCUUCGAGCCGAGCGAGGCCCUGCGCCUGAUCAAAGAGCGCAAGAUCCGCUGCUGCAUACCCGUCCGCUGCGGGCGCUCGCGCUGCAUGCAGGGGGCGCCAGUGCACCUCAGCUGCGCGCUGCGCAACCAGGCCGCCAAGGUCCAGGGCGCGCCGGAGGCUGCCGCCGCGAGGCUGACUGUGGACCCUGGGCCGGUGCACGGCGUCGAGGCCGCCAGGAUCGCGACGGCAGCGGCCGCCCAGACGGCGCAGCAGGCGCCCGCCGCCGCCCCCCCGCCAGCGCCGCCGCCGGCGCUGGCGGCCGGUCUCGUGGUACCGCCGCCGCGGGGCACGCCCAGCGAGGUCUGCGUGCAGCCGCCGCUCCCGCCCGGGCCGCCUCCGACGCCGGGGCCCAGCACGCUGGUGCCGCCGCCGCUGCUGUCCGCCGCCAUGUCGCCGCUGGCGGCCACCUCCGCCAGCGGCGACACGGAGCUGCUGGACUUGCGCAGCCUCCAGGGUGCCCAGCAGCGGGCCUUCGCGGUGCUCCGCCGCGGGGGCGCGCGGCGGGGCGAGCUGGCCACCUCCCCGCUCGAGGAGCUGGAGGUCCGGCUGGCCGCGCCGCUGGCCGUCAUCACCACGGGACGCGUGAUUGCGCGACGGGCGCGGGGGCCGAGGGAGGUCGGCUGGGUCGAUGCGCAGAACCUGGUCGGAGACGCGUGUGAGGAGCGGGCCUUCUCGCUGCUGGCGUCCGACGGGGAGGA